CUCUUUCUGGUUUAUUGUCACUGACAUCAGGACUGUUGCAGUUGAAGGCUCUCGCUCCUACAGGGAUAUAUAAUUUCCAGCUACUAUUUCCCAGAGGCUUUUUAAACAUCAUACCAAGAGAGCUGUAAGGAGAGACGAAACCCUGUCUGUCAGCAGAGCAUUUUUCAUGCGUCUCCCUGUGUCUCAGUCUCACAUCAACAUGAACUGUGAACAGGACUUUGGAGAGGGUGGCAUGAACGUCACCCUUACGCUACGGCUACUCAUGCACGGAAAGGAAGUCGGCAGCAUCAUCGGAAAGAAAGGAGAGACGGUGAAGAAAAUACGAGAAGAGAGCAGCGCCCGCAUCAACAUCUCAGAGGGCUCGUGUCCAGAGAGGAUCAUCACCAUAACAGGACCUACAGACUGUGUCUUCAGAGCCUUCACUAUGAUCACACUCAAACUGGAAGAGGACCUCACAACUCUGGUAGCCAAUGGCACGGUCACCAGCAAGCCCCCCGUCACCCUUCGAUUGGUCAUUCCUGCCAGCCAAUGCGGCUCUCUCAUCGGGAAGGGCGGCUCCAAGAUCAAGGAGAUCAGAGAGACCACCGGGGCACAAGUACAGGUAGCAGGAGACCUCCUUCCCAACUCCACUGAGAGAGGUGUGACGAUAUCCGGGACCCAAGACGCCAUCAUCCAGUGUGUCAAGCUCAUCUGCACUGUCAUUCUCGAGUCACCUCCCAAGGGGGCCACUGUUCCAUAUCGACCCAGCCCCUCCCCAGGAACAGUCAUGAUCUCCGGGAACCAGGUGUUUGAGGCGUCUGAGUACGGGUCACACCCCCUCUUCCAAUUGGCCCAGGGAGGGCUGGAUCUACAACAAACGUACGCUGUACAGAACCAAUAUGGCAUUCCACAUUCAGAGUUGGCCAAGCUUCACCAGUUGUCUAUGCAGCAGCAAGGCCUGGCCGCCCAGAUGAGCCAACAGCAGGCCAACUCUGUCAUGCCUGGGUUUAGUUACCUCUCUUAUAUCCCAGCAGGAAUGGAGUCCAAUUCCCAGACCACUUCACAGGAGCUACUCAUUCCUAAUGAUCUCAUCGGCUCCAUCAUCGGGCGCCAGGGCACCAAGAUCAAUGAGAUCCGCCAGGUGUCAGGGGCUCAGAUAAAGAUUGGUAGCCAGCUGGACAGCACCAGCGAGAGGCACGUCACCAUCACAGGGACCCCCAUCUCUAUCAAUCUUGCCCAAUACCUCAUCACCUCCUGUUUAGAGACCGCCAAAUCCACCGCCCAGUCUUCCUCCAUGUCGACCCCUGCUGACCUCACCAUGACCUACACCCAACCGCCCUCCCCAGCCCAGUCUUCAGCCGUGGCUGCUGCCACCCUGGCUGCCAUGGGCUGCCCUGGCAUGUCCCACUCCCACCCCCACGCUGCAGUCCCCAUGAUGGGCACCCACCCCUAUGGGGCCCUCCCCCUCUCCAGCCUCCUUGGAAUGCAAUCCAUGAAAUCCAUCCAAUCUGUACCCUUCCUGGCUUUAUCCAACCCUGCCGCCAAUGCAGCCGCCGCCGCUGGAGCCCAGGCCCAGGCCCAGAUCUCCUACACGGCAAAGAUCUCCUCAGCCAACGGGAUCGGGAAGAAACCGGAUAGACAGAAGUUUGCGCCGUACUGAUGACGUCCGUCUCCAUCCCUCCAUCCAUCACUCCAUCCUUCUCUCCAGCUCUCACCUCCGUCCCUGAGACAAGAAAGAAAGGGGGAAGAAUGGAGGGAAGGAUUGUUCUUUUUCUUCUAUUCCUCCUCUCUCUUCUCGCCUGAUGAUGUAGUUGUGUAGUACAUUUUAGAGACUAUCCAUCCAUUUUGUUUUGUAGCUUCUUUAGCCCUUAUCUACAAUACACUAGGAGGAACUCUGGAUUGGCUUGUAUAGAUAGCUAUAUUUAUGUUGUCAGGCCGAGGAAGCCUAUCAAGCCAUAGGCUGCUUUUCAAAUGGCACCAUUUUUUCCCUUUAUAGUGCACUUCUGUUGACCAGAGCUCAUGGGGCUCUAGGGUUCUAGGGCUCUGGUCAAAAGUAGUGCACUAUAAAGGGAAAAGGGUGCCAUUUGGGAUGCAUCCGUAGACUAUUCUUAACUUAACUCUUCUCACCGUCCUUUUCUUCUACAGUACUGCUUUUAUUUAUUAUUGACUUAUAAUGAAAUAUUCCCACAAUGAGUUUAUACAUUUAAACACUGGUGACUGAUGCUCGACUGUAUGUUCCUGAAUCAGCUUUUAUACAAUGAUGUGUGUUCCUUCCUUUAUACAACUCUCAGUUUUUUUUUUUUAUGACAAAAUAUGUUUGUUUUUUUGUCACAUUUUAGUUGAAAUGUGUUGUUUAAUUUAUUUAAUUUAUUAUGACAAGUAUUACUUUUACAAUAAAAUGUUUGUUUUU